AUGUUUCGUUUAAAAACUGUCUCGUCUUUGCUAGUCUACGGAGCCGCAGCGCUCGUCUUUCUAGUUUUUCUACUUCACUUUUACACUCCAUCGUAUCAUUGGAAUGAUAAUGGAUUAUCCGAGCAUCCAGAUAUAGAUAGUCAGUUUAUCACUUUCGAAGUCGCUCGUAAGUAUCCAAUAGUAACAAAAAAGACGACCUCAACUACGACUGUGACGACGAAAGAGGUGGAUAGAUCAUUAAUAGAAUGUCGAGAUAAAGCGUUGACUAUCGACCAUUAUCGUACACGUUCGGUUGUGCGCGGCGUGAUCGUUCGUUUCCCAUCGCUGAGAGCGAGAUAUUACUUCGUACAAUUCCGUUGGCUCUAUCGUAGUUGGAUCGAAUCGGAAAUGUUUACGCUCGAUCGAUGGCGCACGGAUCUGAUCAUUCUUAUUGAUAAAGAGUUCGACAACGAGACCCAACAAUUGUUGGAACAUCUGAAUUGUCGAUCGGAAAACGAACGCACAUCUCGUCGGCAAAUCUCACGAUGUAUUCUUGUUCAACAUCAAUUAUAUUCUGAACGAACACAAAAAGAACGUGAAAACUAUCUGAAAAUCUCCCCAAUGCUCAAUCGUGCUGGAGAGCUAAGUGACAACGUUGAUCGCCUAUUCGCUGUUCAUUCUUAUAUCAGUCGAUUGAGAACGAACGAAACUUUGUACGAUAUUCUUAUGGUCACAACGAUGAAUACGUUCUUGACAACACAAUUUGGAAAAUACAUUCCAGUAAAAUGUGCGUUUAUUCUUGGUACAUCACCGGAUUAUUCCACAUUUUAUGGUCAAACUGAACAAGUUUAUGAAUUCGUUUCGACACUAUUGAAAACAUUAAAAGAUCCAAGAAUUGAAUCGAAAAGCUCUUCGAUUGACUACGCAUCAACUAUCGAAGCUUUACAAACACGUUUUCUAUUCACCGAAAAACAAGUUGACAUACCUUGUGAUUCCACAUUGACAACAUAUCGUACGUAUAUUUAUCAUUUGAAAUGUUACGCACAUUCGACAAGUUUGUUUUCCGAACGAAUGUUUCGUCAAAAUGCUUAUGAUGGUUAUGACAAAGAACCAUUUAAUAUUUAUGUCGCACGAGAAUACGCAACGCUGAUGGCUUUACAAUCAAAAGUACUGACUUUAGAUGCUCUACGUUCAUUAGCGGCCAAUGUCACACGUCGAGAAGUCUUUACAUGA